GAAUGCUGAGCUGCGGACUCGCGUACGUGUGGGUUACAUACGUGUAUACAAUAUAUCGUAACGUUCCACGAUGGAAGCAAAAGCUGCAAAUUGCCGAAAGGAAGAUAUAUAUAUAUUCAUACAUAUAGUAGCUGAGUCGUCUGUUUUCCGAAUUCUUAUCGAGAGAAAAUUGUUUAAGAGAAAUAAACAACAUCUGGUAGGAGAGAACUGUCGUAAGAAUGAGUUACGGAAGACCGCCACCCCGCAUCGACGGGAUGGUCUCGCUGAAGGUCGACAAUCUAACCUACAGGACGACACCAGAGGAUUUGAGACGCGUCUUCGAGCGUUGCGGUGAAGUCGGCGACAUUUACAUACCCAGGGACAGAUUCACCAGGGAGAGCCGUGGCUUUGCAUUCGUUCGAUUCUACGAUAGGCGCGAUGCCGAGGAUGCGCUAGAAGCCAUGGACGGUCGUCCGCUGGAUGGCAGAGAACUUCGCGUCCAAAUGGCACGGUACGGUAGACCAACCUCACCGCACCGCAGUCGCGGAAGUAGACGCUAUAGAAGUUACUCCCGUUCCCGCAGUCGUAGCCGAGAUCGCAGACGCUCAAGGUCCAGGUCUCGCUCGCGUUCACGUUCUCGCAGCCGAGGAAGAGAUCGCAGGCGCAGUUACAGCAGAAGUCGCUCUGCUUCGCGCUCUGACAGCAAGAGUUCGCGUGGAAAAUCAGGCAGCCGUAGCAAGUCGGUCGACAGACACCGAGAUGCGCGCUCCAAGUCUAGAGAUUGAAGCUGAUGCUGAAAUUUUGUCAAUAACGGUGAUUGCCACUACUGUCGCAAAAGCCGUGCAGUAUACUGGAUUAAAUAAUUAAAAGGUAUUCUAAUUAUAUCAUGUCACUCAAUGUCUUGUUCCAAUAUUAUUUUCAUGUUAUAACUUCUACGUCCUUAUUUACGGUGACGUUACUACCACAUGCCUUGACUUUUUAAUUUUUUUUCUAAUUUUUUUUCACUUAAGUAAUUUUGUACAUGAAAAGGAAUAUUCUCAAUAGUCGUGUCUAUAAUAUUGCACUAUCAAAUGUAAAUGUACGAUUGAAACCAUUACCACUUAACUAUGUUAAAGUGUAUGAAGAGAUUUAGACUUUCUCUGUUGAAUUGCUCUUGCCGUUGUCAUGCUAAUAAUAAGUGUGAAUCUGAAAAUAAAUCUAUUAAGUGUAA